UUCGCCCGGUUGUCAUUCCCAGAGGAAGAAGAGGGUGUGAUCGACAUUUACCUGUCCAGACUUACCUGGUGCUCUUGCUGUACAUGUCGGUCGUCGAGUUUCCUUUGUUGUACGACUUUAAACACUGGCUUCACUUAAGAGUAAAACGGAGAAGGCAUUAAAGGAUGCUAAGAAGGUCCUGACGCGUGGACCCAACAUGAGUGUAACGUCAUGGUUCCUGGUCAGCAGCUCUGGCACACGCCACCGGUUGCCACGGGAGAUGAUCUUCGUUGGCAGGGAUGACUGCGAGCUAAUGCUGCAGUCCCGCAGUGUGGAUAAACAGCAUGCUGUCAUCAAUUACGAGCAGAACACGGACGAGCACAUGGUGAAGGACCUGGGCAGCCUGAACGGGACAUUUGUGAAUGACCUGAGAAUCCCAGACCAGACAUACAUCACGCUCAAGCUCUCUGAUAUCAUCCGUUUUGGCUACGAUGCUCAUGUAUAUAUCCUGGAGAGGAGUCAACACAAGGUCCCAGAGGAAGCUCUCAAACACGAGAAGUACACCAGCCAGUUGCAGCUUGGUAUGAAAGCCCUGCAGGCCAAGGCAAAGGAAAAACAGCAGCUCCAGAGCUCUGAGAAGAGCAAAAGCUCUGUGUCCAAACUUCAAGACAAGGCCGAGCAAAAAGCCCAGUCUCUUACAGCUUCCACAGAGUCUCCCAUAACCAAGCCCACUCCUCUCUAUGGCCAACCAUCCUGGUGGGGCGAGGAUGAGGAAGCAGCCAGCAAAUCCAAGAACAGAGGUGGAAAAUCACCAGAACAGGAGUCUCCAGAGCCUGCUAAAGACAUGUCCAGAUAUGAGGUCAACGGUUCUCUGUCCGAGAGUCAGGCCAAGUCCAUCCUAUCAUACCGCCGGGAGCCCAGCUACUUUGAGAUCCCAACAAAAGAAUUACAUCAACGAGCUGCCAAGAAACCCGAGUCGCAGGUCCACGAGGUGCCCACCAAAGACACUCCAAAUCCCGUUGACAUCGUCUCCUCUACGCCCCCCGUGGUACAAAGCCACGCCUCCUUCACCAUCGAAUUUGACGAAUGCACGCCAGGGAAAAUGAAGAUCAAGGACCACGUGACAAAGUUUUCUUCCCGCCAGCAGCACAAGUUACCUUCCACAGAGCACGUCACCGCACCCACUGCGGUGGUUUCAGCAGAAAGCAAAGUUGCUGAUUGGCUGGUCCAAAGCAAUGCUAGCAUGAUGAGGCGAAAGUCCAUGGCUGAAGAACUGUAUGGCACAAACGGUGACUCAUCGCCUCUGAGGAUCACCAAGGCUAACCACAGUGAAGAUGAUACUCAUGUUGAAUCAAGAGAUCCUGCAAUAAAUGGGAGAUAUUUCCUCCAAUCAGAUCCUCUGAGUGGGUCCCAUGUAUCCCCACAACCCCUGAGAGCCUCCCCACCACAACGCCUCGCCUCCCCUGACUCUGAGGAGGCAUUGUCCCGCUCUCCACCAGAGCCUCAGUCCCUGUCCAGUCUUGGCAAGGCUGAGCCUCACCAAGCCUUUGUCAUUGAAUUCUUUGAUGAAGGCCCACAAAAGAAGCGCUCCCAGUCCUUCACCAAUAACCCAUCUCCACCUGAGUCCUCAUGCCUCAGGGUCUCUUUGGAUAAGGUGAAGAAAAUCUCAAGCCCAGCGGUGGAGAGACGAGGCCCACCUCCAGCCUCCACCACCACCCCAACCAAACGAUACACUGUCCCUCUAAAGGGCCCUGCUUCCACAGGCUUCCAGAGAGCUGGCUCUCUACGCAGGGAGAAGACAGAGGACCGGAUGAGCACCAGCUAUUCCUCCCGCUCUUCUUCCUCCGUGUCUGCAAGGCCCUUUAGCAGUGUGGGCCGGAGGUCUAAACUCGCCCAGGAAUUUAAUGCGGAAUUUCUCAAACAAGCAAAGCAGUCCUCGUCUGCCAGCUGGGAGGAAAAUGCAUCUAGUCCCACCACAGCAGCUAAAACAGAGACAGUGGCCAUAUCGCAGAGAAGUCCCGCUCCAUCUAAAGCUCCAUACCAGCCACAAACUUCCUCUCCUAUCCACCAGCCUGUUGCCCUCAAGGCCCCUGUGAUGGCCCCGGUAACUCAGAAUGUGGAGGUUACGAGCCCCACUGUUGGUCCCAAACACGAGGAGGAGGACAGUUUGAGUGACGCAGGAACCUACACCAUUGAAGCCGAUAUUCAAGAUAAAGAGCUAGAGGAGGCACGGACCAAGAUUGACCAGGUGUUUGGUGUUUUACAGAGCCCAGAGCGAACCAACCAGACUGAAGGAGAUUCUUCCUCAGAGUUUAGUCCUGUUCUAGUUGAGAGCAGGGAGCAGCAUAGGCAGAGUAGCUGUGGGGAGGUGAAGCCAGCUCCAGAACAGGGACAGAGUCUGGUGGAGGUCCAGGCAGCAGGUGCAGUGUUGCGGGGGGCUCCUAAGUGGAUGUCUUGCUGGGCCAGCCUGGCAGACAGCUACACAGAAUCUGGCCCUUCGUCUGGCCUCUUUGACAUCUCCUCCCAGAUGGAGCUGUCAGCAGGGGCACGAGGAUCAAUCACCAACAAUGCCACGCUCACCCUACACAACGACAGCGCCGACAGCGACGGUUCAAGAGCUCGCCGCACCCUGCCCCAGGUGCCGCAGGGGGAGAAGAGUGACAUUCCAACUCCCAGCAUUCAUGUUCAUUAUGACCCGCAUUCGACAUUUAUUGUAGGGGAGAGGGGCUUGGCGACCCCCAGGUUUCAGGAGGGCCUUCACAGGUUAUCGGUGCAGGACGACGUAGAGCCCGACAGCCUGAGCGAUGCCAGCAGGUCAGACGACGGUUCCAUCGUGGAGCAAAAUAAAAGAAAGCCGUCGGACACAGAAGAAAAGACAAAAGAGAACAAACUCUCAACAAAGUGUACAUCAUUCUACAUCGGGUCUGAGGAGUCACAACCUGAUCGUGGGGGCUCAAACUCAAGCACUGAAAAAAGUAAUGGAACCAAAAUGUUCUCAACAGCCACUCUAACCAAACCCAAAGGUAGCCCGGACUCAGGAAAAAUCAAGCCCACUUUGUCGGCUCCUGUCCUAUAUCAGAGUUCAGAGUCAGAGGGUAGUGUCUCUCCAUUAAUCAGACAAGAGAGCUACACUAAGGAGCGGCCUAGCAAUGCCAGAUUACCCAACAUCUCUAUCCUGUCUCUUCAGAGAGAGUCUGAAUCAUUCCAGGGAGCCGUCAAUCAGGACACACAUUCUUACCUCAAGGACACAGAGGACGUCCUGGCUGCUCUGGAGGCAAAACUCCGAGCAGGACAAUCAGAGAAAACCCAGUCUCCUGUAAUUGACUGUGUGUCUACGGAGUCUGAUGUGGAUACCUCCAGCACUGUGAGCCAACAUAGCAAUAACACCAGGUCAAAUAUACUGACAAGUAAAGCCUCUGCUAGUGGCCUCCAUAGGGAGAGGUCUUCAGGCAGUAUAGCUAGUCAGGACUCAAGUUACCAGUCCACUACAUCGGAAAAGAUGCGUUUUCUGGGAGCAGAUAGCAACAAUCAGACCGGGUUUUUCAGGAGGCCGGUUGGACUCAGACGUAGUGUCGGGAAACGCGGAUCCACAGACCUCAGUGACGACCCGCACAGCUUACCUUGCUCUGAUCAGGAGUCCAACAGCUACCAAACACACACAAAAUACACAGUGCCCCUUCAGAAAGAGGACUCCAAGACAACAAGAACGUCCAUGGCGUUGAGUCGGGCCAACAGCUUGACAGCCCCGAGACCCACCAGAGCGUCCAUGCUCCGCCGGGCUCGCCUGGGAGAAGCUUCAGACAACGAGGGCACGGAGACGGACAGGAUGUCCCAGGAGGCCGGCAACGCCCCGGCUAAGCAACCCCAGGAAACCAAGAAAUUCUCCAGGCUGGACAUGCUGGCGAUGCCUCGUAAGCGUGCGGGCUCGUUCAACACUCCCAGCGACACAGAGUCCUCUUCAGCCCCAAUCCGCUCGGGAUUCUCCAACCGCAGCACGGAGUCAGGAGGCAGCUCGGCUCGGAGGGCCUCCACUUCGGGGCUGAAGCCUGCAGAGAAGCAGCAGAAAGCCCUGCCCAACAAGGCCCCUCUCACAAGGGGACGCUCAAAUAGUGCCAAGUAUACCGGCAGCACCACAAGCUCCAGGAGACGUCAGAAAGGCUCUGACUACGCCUCUACCUCAGACGAGGAGUACGACUCAAACCAGAGCACUCCUAAACACAAACGCUCCCAACCUUCCUCAGCUUCCCACAACCCUCGUCAUCAGGCUCGGCCUCAGCCCGUGGUCGCGCUGCGUCCCAAACCCCGCUGCAGAGACUCUGAGGACGAGAACAACGACGGAGAGGCCUAUAAUAAUUGGACCAAUCACAGUUCUGAGAUUGCAAGGUUGAGUCAAGACCUGGCUAAAGACCUAGCUAUCUUGGCGAGAGAGAUUCAUGACGUGGCGGGUGAUGGUGACGCCACAAACCCAGCAGAAGAGAUCAGUGCGCCUGUCUCCGCAGUAACCGCUCAUGAACAGGAAAUCACAUCCAUCUUGAAAGAACUCAGGAGGGUUCAGCGACAACUUGAGGUCAUAAACACAGUGAUGGAGCCCAGUGGGCAGCUUGAAGCAUCCAGGGCCUCAGCCUCUUCUUCUUCCGGGGUCCAGACCUCCAGACCCCCCGCCUCACGGGACUGGAGGACGGUCCACUCUGCCUCCAGACGUGGCGGCGGCCCCCGGCCCAGCGAGAGUGUGAGGAGAGCCGCUGUGACACCAGACGAUGUCAGAGCGGGGUAUCUGGUGUGAGACCAACACGCAGUUCCCACCAGCGCUGAUCUGCUGCUGUGACCCCACACACAGGUGUCGGACCGUUAUACGCAAUAUGAAACCAAGAGGGGGGAAGUGAGAGUGUAAACACAGAAGUGUAGCCUCCUUUACCUCCAAACAAACACUACUGCACUAUAAGCACUACACACCCACACAGAGGUGUCAUUUACAGUGACCUAAACACCCUUAGAGUACACAAGGGCUACAUAUGAGGUGAAGAUUUGAGGAAGUACCAAAAUAUUUUCAUAAACCACACCUCGACAAGGCCUCUAAACUAUACUUGAUUCUCUGUUUUGAAGGUCGACUUCUUUAUUUGCCAAUGAUAUGAGAAACAUAGCUGAUUUGAAAGUUUUUCUAUUUAUCGUCCUGAGCAUAAUCUUCUUAGGGAAAUCUACGAGUAUAUAAAAUGUCUAUGUUUAGUGACAAAUCACAUUUCUGAGGAAAUAUUGAUAUUUCUUUCGGGUAGAAAGCACUGCAGGAACAGCAGCAGAAUGUAGUGUACUGUGUACUCCUGUUCAACCCAUUGAUUUCCCUUUUUGUUUCCUUCCAAUGUUGUUGUCUUCUUGUUGCAUCUUUUCUCUUUGUGGACCAGAUUUAUCAACAGAUGUAAAAAGUAUUUAUUAGGGAGCUCUUUUGUGAGACAUUGUAACCGAGACAACAUGAGAAUUAGUACCAGGACAAUUUAUGUGAUAUCACACAGUUGCUACCAGCCAGUUCCCUGAGUAUUUCUUCUGUUAACAUUUCCCAGUGUAGCGACUCUGUGCCGGCCCUCCUCAGUGGACGGACACUAUUUUGUUCAGCUGGGAAUGAUAAGGAAUGUGUGGUCCGGCUGGUAGGAGGGACUCAGUCUAGUCACCUGGCAACCACACACUCACACGGCUAUAAAACCAGGGUUUCCAAGCAUUCCUGGCCUCUUUACCUUAUAAGAGAGGGUUUUUUUAUGUGUGUUGAACACAGUUGGGGGCUUACAUCUAGUUUUAGUUUUCCAUGCCACAGUCGGCUCUGAAGUUUGGCCAAAGACAAUCAUAAAACGACUUUGUGUUUACACUAAUCACAUCACACCUACAGUGAAUAUCAGAGCUCUGUGGUUAGAUCUGAUGCUUCCUCUCGAGUCCUCUUCCUCUUCUGAUGGGUCCUCACAUGACAGGAGUAAUGUAAAUGUAGCAUUUAAGUGACAAAGUCAGCUUGAAUCUGAAAGUAUAAAUCUAAUGAUUAGUUUGUGACGUGUUCUAUAUGUAAAUAAGUAAAGAUAUUUGUACGUCAUAGAAAUUACCUCUCAAUCGUGUCUUUUGCACAUUAUCCCCCUCGACUUUAUAAUGCUGCAAACUGGAAACCACCUCUGCCCUGUGAAUGAUUGUAAACAGUUGAUGCUGUGGAGGUCGAAUCGGGUAAAGACGGUGAGCCAGUGCACCAGCAAGAGUCCGUUCCUCCCACCCCCCCGUCCAGAUUGUACAUGUGGUUGUAAUUGGGAAGUACCUUAAGUGCCACAGAGCAGGGUGGGACAGUGGUUGUUUACAAACUCAAGCUAAAGUUGAAUGUUUGUCCUUUAACCUCACUUGCUCAAAGUGUUGCUGCUAUUCGUUGUCCAUGGGAUAGAAAAUCUCCUUGGCUUUACUCCAUCUUAGUCUAGAGCAGGUUUGAGAGCUGAAAUGUCAUUCUUGUUUGUCAAAUUUGUGACUCCUUUUUUGAUAUUCAAUCAGUUCCUCCUCGUUUUACCCAGAAUGAUUUUUGUUGUAAUCUUGCUGUCUUGUAAGCUGGUAUUCAUGUGUUAUGUAGUUUGUUCGAGAAUAAUUGCAGGUUUUUCAAAUAAAUAUGAUCAGUAAA